AUAAGGAGUAGAGGUGUCAAGUAUUAACCGGUUAACCGGUUAACCGCCGAUAAUGCCUUGACCGGUCUGAGUUUUUAUGGGCGGUUAGUUGACCGUGUAUAAUUCUGUUAUUUCCCGCGCUUAUUUUGCAUGCUAAUCCGUUUGGUUUUAUGGUGUCAGUUUCACGUAAGCUACUCAUACAUGUCAUAAGUCCCAUAACUCCUUACAAACAUCCAAUCAGCAACUUAAAUCCCUGCCACAUUGCUUUCCCGCGCUUACUUUGCAUUUUAAUCUGUUUGUUUUUCAAGCGUCAGUUUCAUGUGAGCUACUCAUACAUGUGAUAGGUCCGAUAAUUCCUUACAAACAUCCAAUCAGCAACUUUAAUCCCUGCCACAUUGCUUUCCCGCGCUUACUUACAUAGAAUAGCGUAAAGCUUGACGAACGUAAAAAAUAAACGCCGAUAUAUCAUUUUUCCAAUUUUUUCAACUUUCAAGAUCGAAGAUGAAGAUUUCAUUUGAAAUUAUAAGUUCAAAUUUCCCGCCGGUUAACCGACUUUAACCGGUAAAAACCCCCGGUUAACCGGUUAAUGCUCAAGCGGUUAAUUGACACCACUAAUAAGGAGAUUAGCUGCUCUUGCAUAUCCUGAGAUGCCUCGCUCUUCUCAGGAUAGGUUGGCCAGGAAAUGUUAUGAGAAUGCCAUAACAGAUGAUGAGGUCCGAGCAGCUGUGCAUCGAAGAGACCCCAAGUCUCUUGAUCAGGCCAUAGAAGAGGCUCAGAAGGAGGAGGCAUACUUGGAGUCAGAGCGAAUCCGGAAAGGCCUGAAGCCAAAACAGCGGGACCAUCACAUUGCAGCCGUAACAGAUGACUCACAAAGAGACGAACUCCUGAAGAUGAUGAAGGAGUUCCAGCAAGGAAUCCAGAAGGGGAUGCAGGAGGGACUGAAGGAGAUUGCAGGAGCUGUAAAGGCCUCCAAAGAGAAGAGAGAACCCUUCAUCUGUAGGAAAU